AUGGCAUUUGAUGGUACUUGGAAGGUAGAUCGGAGUGAGAACUAUGACAACUUCAUGGAAAAAAUGGGUGUUAAUAUGGUGAAAAGAAAACUUGCAGCUCAUGACAAUUUGAAACUCACAAUUACACAAGAAGGAAAUAAAUUCACCGUCAAAGAAUCAAGCACUUUUCGAAGCAUUGAAAUUGUGUUUGAGCUUGGUGUCAAUUUUAAUUACAGCCUGGCUGACGGAACUGAACUCACUGGUAGCUGGACCCUAGAGGGAAACAAACUUAUUGGAAAAUUCAAACGGAUAGACAAUGGAAAAGAGCUGAAUGUUGUCCGAGAAGUUACAGGUGGUGAACUAGUCCAGGCUUUUGAAUAUGAGGGAGUAAAAGCCAACAGGAUCUUUAAAAAGGAAUAA